AAUUAUUCAUACGACUCACAGAGCCAUUGCAAACAACUCUUCAACCAUGGUAAAGUUGGUAAUUGUCUUAGCCCUCCUAGCCCUCGCUUAUAGCUGCGAGGCGAGACAGUUCUCGAGAUGUGAACUGGUUCGGGAACUAAGGAGACAGGGCUUUCCUAACGCACAGUUGAGAAAUUGGGUCUGCCUGAUUGAGGUUGAGAGCAAUAGGAUCACAAACAGGGUGAGCAGGGUGAACAGCGACGGCUCCCGGAACUAUGGCCUUUUCCAGAUAAGCGACAGAUACUGGUGCAACAACGGCUCCACACCUGGCAAGGACUGUAACGUCAGAUGCAACGACUUGCUGACCAGCGACAUUAGGAGGGCCUCGGUCUGCGCGAGGAGGAUCUACAACCGCCACGGGUUCCGCGCGUGGAACGGAUGGCGCAACCGCUGCCAGGGCGAGCUGCCCAACAUCAGCUCCUGCUAGAAAUCUUAUAUCCACAACAGAGCCAGACCUACGUACCUACAACGACCAUAUUUAUUACUUUUCGUAUCAUCAAUAAUCAAGAUGACAUCAAUUUAGCAAACUAGAGCAUUAUUAUAUUAACAAUUGGCGACUACCUCGCAUUUUACUUAGUAAAAUGUAAAAAUAAUGACUCGUAG